AUGUUAACUUUUCAGUCGAUAACUAAAUUGAAUUCUCAUGGCGAUGGCGUCGGGACGUUUAUCUCCGAAGAUGAUACGGAACUGCAAGUAAUUGUACCAUUUACAGCUCCAGGAGAUAAACUUAUAGCUGAAAUUUGGGAGCAAGACAUGCACUCAACUUCUCGAAAAAAACCAGUGGAUAGUAAUACCCAAGACAUUCGAUCAAUUUUCGGACAGCAAGUAAAAUUGCUUGAAUCAAGUAAUUAUCGUGUUAAUCCAUUAUGUACGAAAUAUUUUGGAGACUGUGGUGGAUGUAAUUUACAGCAUGUUCGUUAUGAACAACAACUUCGAGAAAAGCAGCAAUGGAUUAUAAAUUUAUUUUCACAACGUCAUCAUUCACUAGAUAUGGAGAUUUGUAACAUUUUGGGUGUGAAAAUUCAAGAUGGAAUUUAUCAUUAUCGUAAUAAAAUGGAAUUUACUUGUAGUACAGGACGUUGGUUACUAGAUGAAGAUAAAAAUUCAAGUGAUAGAUCAAGUCAAGAGACGAUUGCUUCAAGCAAUUCAUUUACAGUUGGGAUGUUUCCUGUUUCCUCGGUCCAUUCUCGUCGAUUAAAGCAAAGAUAUGGCAAAAAUAAAGCACGUCGUCGUCGAGUAGCUUUGUGGAGUCCUCGUAUAUUAUCAAUCAAGGAGUGUCAAUUGCAGGAUUUAGCGUGCAAUGAGUUGUUACAACGAUUUGUGCAGAAAUGUGAAAUAAAUGGAUUAAGCGCAUACAAUUUCAUCACUCAUAAAGGAUUUCUGAAACAAAUUGUGUUGCGUCGAGGUGUAAAUAGUCGAGGACAAAUAGAAAUCAUGCUGGGCUUGAAAACUACCGAGUGGUAUGGUGAAGAGAGCGAUCUACUUCAUCGUAUUGUACAAGACCUUGCAAGCGAAGUUGAAAAAACGUCGUUGGUUUCAGACGAAAAUUCUCCACGUCUUGUAUCAAUUAUAGAAAGCUUGGAUCAGGAAGCAGAACGACAUCGACGACGAGAAGAUGAUGUAGCGUCUCAAUUAAUUGAAAAUCAUACACUUGAACGUGUUCUUUACGGCAAAGCGCAUCUUGAAGACACAAUUCUCGACCACAAAUUCGAAAUACCUUUCAAUUCAUUCUUUCAACCAAAUUCAGUCCAAGCAAGUCUUCUUUACUAUGAAAUUCAACGUAUGAUCGUCACGUUGCCAGAAAAACCUAUUGUGUGGGAUCUCUUUUGUGGAGUAGGUAGUAUCGGAAUCUGUAUGGGUGCUUAUGUUAAGCAAGUUAUGGGAUUUGAGCUUAACGAUGAAGCUGUGGAACGUGCUAAAGUCAAUGCUCGUCUAAAUGGUUACACAUCUGAUCACAUGCGAUUCUUUCGCGUUGAUUUAGCUAAAAGCUGGCACGAAAAAGACUUUUUUGAACUCCUUGCAUCACAUUCAAUUGAUUAUGACCUUCCAGACUUGAUCAUUGUGGAUCCCCCAAGAGCUGGACUGCAUCGGAAGCUCAUUGAAAUGCUUCGCCGUAUGACACCACGUUACAUUUGUUACGUAUCAUGCAAUCCUCACUCUCAAGUAGUCGAUCUUGAAGUUUUAUGUGCCAAGGUAAAAUUGGAGAGUGGUCAAAUUGGUUAUUAUAAAGUGCGACGUUUGCAACCAGUGGACAUGCUACCACAUACUCCUCACGUUGAAACAAUGGCUUGGCUUGAGCUAUGCGAAGAUUGUGUCAUGUCGACGACACAAAGUUCAGAGGAUGUUGUGAGCAAAAUGUCAGGAUUAAAACUUCGAACAGGAUGGACAGAUGACAUGGACACCAUUCGCUCACCUCGACAUGUGAGUGAAAUGACUCGAGUUGCAUCUUUUCAUGCAGAUGAGAAGAAUGAUAGACAGAAGAACAGUAAAUUGGUUGCGCAGGAUUCACAAGAAGAAAAUCGACGUCGAAUUUCAAUUCAGGAGCGUUUACGUACCGAAGUUGGUGCAGCAACAGAUGAAGUCGAGGCAAAAAAGUCUCGAACUUGUAUAUUGCAGUGA